AUGUCCACCACCCACCCCCACCACGCCCUCACAUUCAACGGUCCCCCCAAACGCAAACGGGGCCUCCCUGCCAUCUCGACCAUCCCGCCAACUCCUCCGCGCUCCUCGCCCAUGCCUGAAGACACACUGCCGACAUCCUACUCACCGUACCUGCUCCCGCCUCCGCAACCACCGCGCGAACGAGACGGCAGGGCGGCAUCGCCACGGGCCGGGAUUGCGUGUAACUUCCAAGCCCUACGGCUAGAAGAUGCAGGUACGGGGGCCAGGUCUGAUUUUGGGCUGCCGAGUCGGAGUCGGGAAAAAGAGAGCGGGAAAGGGAUGGGUGUGGGCUGGCCCAGGGCGUGUGAUGAGCGGAUGGAUGAGGACGGGGAUAGGAAUGGAAGUGGGAAUGAUGACGGGGCGCGGAAGAGGGCGAAGCUGGUGAAGAUGGAGAGGAGGGAGGUUCCUGAGACGCCGCAGCCGCCGCAGUUCAGGAUGUUUGUUGCGCCGCCGCUGGAACGGACGAUGGAUCCUGUGGUCGGGAAGAUUACGACCGGCAAUGAGUUUGACCAGAUGAUUUUUCGAGGGAGCCCUGCGCUGGUGACGAGGAAUACAGGGAGGGCGUACCCGCUCGUUUACAGGCUCGCAGAGUCGAAGUCUAGGAAAAAAAGGGCUGGGACUCCGCCGCUGAUUAGUUUGGCUAGGAAAGCGGGGGAUGGGAGGGUGGAAGGAGUUGUGGAUGAAGAGAGAGCAGCGAAUACUUGGCAUGAUGAUGAGAUUACGGGUCAUGAUCCUUCGGAUCCAGAGGAUGAUGGGGAGGGCAUUAAUGGCAUUGGAUUCAAGCCGACAGCUGCUGAGGCGUAUGUGCGUACGCAGAAGCGGAGAAAGCAGAUGGCUGCCUACAAGAACAGGGAGGAGCAGGAGAGGAGGCAGUCGAGGAUAGAUAGACGGAGAGGGAGCCAGGUGACAAAGGCAGCUAAGAUGGAGCAAGAAAAUGCGAGGAGGGUCAGGUUCGGCGAGAUGGAGGCGACGAAGAUAGUCUGGACAUGA